GUACCGUCAUGACGCAUUACGUGGUUUCCAAGGAGGGCGCGGCAUUAUUAUGGGAUGGUAGAGGUGGAAUGGCGCUCGGCGCGUGAUUUUGAACAAACGUCUCAGUUUCUUUGCGAUCGAGAUGCAGCAGUAAAGAGAAGGGCUGAGAGCCAGAGUGUAAUACAGUAAAUAUCAACGCACGAAGCUAGACCCAUUUGAAUAAAACACAAGGAGGAUCCGGAUCAGGAAUUCAUGUAAGAGACAGUGGCAGCAAAACAUAGCCAUACACCGAACGAGAGACUGUGGCUAAGUCUUGGAGUAGCAGCAGUGGCAGUGUGUGAGGAUGGAGGUGGUGUCGGCGGAGGUGAACAGCCUGCUCCCCGAGGAGAUCAUGGACACAGAGGCCAUUGUGCUGGUGGAGGACGACCACGUGGGCGCCGUGGACGACUCAGAGUUGGAAGAAGAGGUUCCCAUGGAGACAGAGCUUGCAGGGAUCGUCAACCUCGACACUGCAGUGCCUCAGUCUGUCCAGGUCUCUGAAUCAAAGACCACCAGCAGCAUAGGCAGCCAGCUGUUAUUGACCAGCUCCACCACUGCCACAACCACCAGCAUGACAGGGCUCAAAGCAGCAGCACCCAUGCCAGUCAGCACGCAGCCUAGCAGCAGUGUUAGUGGAGGGCUGCAGAAACUCAAUACCCCUGUCACCAUCACGGCCAACCAGGUCAUCCUCAACAAAGUCUCACAGUCCCCCUCGUCUGACCUCAAGCCCACCACCACGCAGGUGUUCAAACAGGACGGACAAAAGCUGUUUGUCACCACCAUCGGCAAGUCCGGGCAGCCCAUUGUGCUGACACUGCCCCACACCAGCCAUCUCGCCCAGUCCCCUAAGGCUGGUCAAGGCCAGGGUAUGGGGCUAGACACCAAGAUACAGCCCCAACAGUUUAAGGUGGUGACCAUUGGGAGCAGGACCGACCUUAAGCCUGUGAUUGGUGUGCAGGCCAUGGGCUCUGGGAAUCAGCUGAUUAGCACAUCCCAGCAUUCAACACUGCAGGCCCAGCAAUUAAAAACAAUACAGAUUGCUAAGAAAACACAGACGUCUUCAGCAGGACCAAUGAUCACAAAAUUUAUCAUCACAAAGCCAUUGAACAGUAAAGCAAUGUCUGGUCAAACUUCUGUUUCGCAGUUGAUUGGAGGCCGAGUCCUUACCCAGAACCCUCCUGGCACACCCCCGAGGACACUUUCUUUCUCGGAAAGCAUCGUCGGAGCUGCUCUCGGUUCAACACCGCAAAGCAAGAUUGCCAUCUCGCCCCUCAAAUCACCCAGCAAGCUGACGGUGGUGUCUGUGGCCUCCCAGUCUCCAAGCUCACCUCAGAAGUCAGUUGGGGUCCCGUUGAGCAUGGCCCUGGGACAGCAGUUCCUGACAGUGCAGCAGGCAACCCAGUCUUCUCCAGCCAAGGGCAUUUCCAAUCACUCCACACAGCAGGGAGUGAAACCUGUGCAGACCAUGACAGUAAGUGGAGUGGGCACCCCUCAGUUUAAAACAAUCAUUCCUCUGACAACACCACAAAAUGUGCAGCAGAUCCAGGUGCCGGGCAGUAAAUUCCACUACGUGCGUCUCGUCACUGCCUCCACGGGCAGCAGCUCCCCGCAGACAGGCAGCCCCAGCAUCAACUCGCACUCUCUACAGCAAGCCAAACCGGUAGUGGUGAACACAACACCAGUGCGGAUGUCGGUUCCAAUUGUCUCUGCACACACCAUGAAACAGGUGGUCCCAAAAUCUCUAAACGCAACUUCACAGAUUGUUAGUACUCAGUCACAGCAAAGGCUUAUCAUGCCGGCUACUUCUUUACCUCAGAUUCAGCCCAAUCUGACCAACCUGCCCCCAGGCACUGUCCUGGCACCAGCUCCUGGCACAGGAAACGUGGGGUAUGCUGUCCUCCCUGCUCAGUAUGUCACACAGCUCCAGCAGUCAGCCUUUGUGACCUUGGCAAGCAGUACUGGGUUUGCACCAGGAGCAGCAGCUGGUAUCCAGACCCAGGCCCGGUUACCACUCAAUGGGUUGUCUCCGUCCGAUUCUGCAUCGCGACCCAGGAAACCGUGUAACUGUACAAAGUCCCAGUGUCUCAAAUUGUACUGCGAUUGUUUUGCCAACGGAGAAUUCUGUAACAACUGUAACUGCACAAACUGCUACAAUAAUCUGGAACACGAGACGGACAGACUUAAGGCAAUAAAGGCAUGCCUAGACCGCAAUCCGGAAGCAUUCAAACCGAAAAUUGGAAAAGGAAAGGAAGGUGAAUCAGACCGACGGCACAGCAAGGGCUGUAACUGCAAACGCUCAGGCUGUCUCAAAAACUACUGCGAAUGCUAUGAGGCAAAGAUCAUGUGCUCUUCGAUAUGUAAGUGCAACGGCUGUAAGAAUUUUGAGGAGAGUCCGGAGCGGAAGACUCUGAUGCACUUGGCGGAUGCAGCGGAAGUCCGUGUCCAGCAGCAGACGGCGGCCAAAACCAAGUUAUCAUCCCAAAUCUCUGAUCUGUUAACAAGAACAACACCGGCUGUCACCAGUGGAGGGGGAAAGUUGCCCUAUACGUUUGUCACCAAAGAGGUUGCUGAAGCGACGUGUGAGUGUUUGCUGGAGCAGGCGGAGCAGUCGGAGAAAGUGAACAGGUCCCAGGCCGCGGCAGAGAGGAUGAUCAUAGAAGAAUUUGGACAGUGUCUUAUGAGGAUUAUAAACUCUGCUGCAAAAUCAAAAACUGACCCCUGCUCUAUGAACUGCUGAACUCUCCAAAUAAAGCCUUUGUCCUCAACAGAGAAUGGAGCAGCGUUAAAAAGAAAGAAAAGAAAGGUUUGCCUCUGCGGUACUGGCGAUGGACACCUCUGUCUAAGAAUAAUCCGUUUGUUUGGAGCUUGUUUUAGAGUGACCUGAUAAUGCGAUCGUGUACAAUUUAAAAAGAUAUUUUUAUGAAAUUUUCCUUUGGCUCUUUGACUUUUUUAAAUCAUGUUGCUUCUUUCUGGUGAUAUGAUGAUGAUGAAACUUUUAACCAUUCUUAUUUCCAUUAAGCUAUAUAUAAAUACCUUUGUAUCCCACUCUCACUAAAAACAGUUAAUCUUUGGUUUGCAGGGUUUUUUUACCAUUAGCAUUCUUUGCAGAUUAAUUUGUGAAGUAAGGCUCUUUCAGGAACCAGAACUAAUCACUGACUUUUACUUGCCCUUUAGAGUUUGGGGACUUCUGUUUUUCUUGUUUCCAGAUUGAUCUAUCCAUAUAGAUGAAUCUUAUAUAGCCAUGUACCGUUUUCAAUUUACUAUGAAGCUGCAAGCAGGUAGACUACAUUAACUGCAAAGGGUUUUUUUUAAUGAUCAGUGUAUCAAUUUCUUUUUUUGCAAAAGGGAAGCAGCAAAUAAAAUGUAACUGUGCAAGGAGAAUGGACGAGAUGGGUCAUUACAUUGCUCACAGCAGAUCUGUUAAGUUUUUAGACAAGGGAAUUAACUGUUGUAUUUGAGGUUUGAAUCAAAGUUGGUUAUCUUUUCCUUUAUUGAUGCAGCAGUAAUGCAUUGAAAGGAUGCUUGUUUCAAAAUCAUUUAAAGACAGUAUGCAUUUCCAAAGCUUUACUGUGGUGGCCUUCAUUGCAUUACACUGGGUUUUGCCAAUAUAGCAAACUAAUGUGGAUCACCUGCUUUGAUUCUUGUGUGUGGAAUUGCCUCUCCUCUAAAAAGCAUAGCUCACCUCUCCAUCGUUGUGUAGAUAUACACAGAUAAGUUCUAGAGGCAGGCACCUUCAUUUGUGCCAAGUGACUGUCUUGUGUAGACAUCCUCGUCAGAUCUGCCCAGGUCCUGUAGUUGUUGAGCGGUGCUCUGUUUUUCUACAGCUAAUAUAUAUGAAGGUCUCUUACUGACUUUCAAGUAGCCUUGGCUCAGUGAGAAAGCAGAGAGUAUAGCUGGUACCC